AUGUCUAUCUACCGUACUGUUCUUAAUGACGACUACAGCUGGCCAGGGCCUCUCAGCCAGCUGCCAUUAAAAAUCGAUCCUUCUAUGAUAGAGAAACUUGAUCCGGAAUAUGUCGAAUUUUUCAAUGAAGUCUUGUGUGAAAGACCAGAUAUUCUGGAGACUCACAAAUAUCCAGUCGCCCAAACCAAAGCAGGGGGAAAUGUAAUUCCUGGGCAAUCACCACCCAAGGAAAUGGCAAAAAUAUACGAGAUUGAGAUCCCAAGAAAAUACACUUCUGCAGACACGUCAAUUCCUGCCAGAGUGUUUGUACCAAAGGGCAACAAGCCGGCUUCAGGCUGGCCUUGCACCAUUUGGUACCAUGGAGGUGGCUGGGUGCUCGGAAGCAUCAGCACAGAAAACUCUUACUGUACGCAUUUAGCCGAUCUUGCGAAGUGUGUUGUUAUUACGGUUGAUUAUAGAUUGGCGCCAGAGUUUCCUUUCCCAGCGUGUGUUGACGAUGCAUUUGAAGCUCUCCUUUUUGUAAUGGAAAAUGCUGCAAAACUGGAUGUUGAUAACACCAAAGUUUGUCCAGCUGGCUCAUCGGCUGGAGGGAACCUAGCUGCCGUCAUGACACACAAGUAUGCUUCUUCUGAACUUUCAGGAGGGUUACCACCACUUAAAUUUCAGAUGAUGGUCGUUCCGGUGACUGACAACACGGCUACCGGGGAGACUCAGCUUUCAUGGAAGGAAAACGAAAAAACGCCCCAAUUGCCUGCGACAAAAAUGCUUUGGUACAGGAAAAUUUACUUGCCGGAGGCAGGGCACACUUUGAGUCAUCCAGAGUCGAGUCCUUUAUUUCACAAAGGAGACAGCUUCCGGAACGUACCUCCGGCUUUUAUAGCAGCUGCUGAAUGCGAUGUUCUAAGAUCGGAGGCCGAGGCUUAUCACGCAAAGCUUAGAGAGCAUGGAAUUGAAAGCAAACUUGUUAUAUACAGAGGGGUUCCCCAUACUGCCAUGGUAAUGGACAACAGACUGAGCCAGGGUGCAAAGCUUGUGAGAGACACGAUUCUCAGCAUAAGGGACGCGUUAUACUCUUAG